UUUCGUGAGAUAUAAAUAAUUCCGUUUAAUGAAAAUAUUUUACGCUGUUCUACGUACAUAUUGCAUGUUGUGUUACAACAUAUCUGCGCGGCGAUUGUGACUUGCGUACUGUAGGUGUUUUCUCCUCCUUUGCCUUUUAAAAUUUCGCCUUAGUAUUCCUAAACAUGUAACGGGCGCUGCUUCCAACGGCGGAUUUAAAAGAAGGAACCUCUGUUCUGAACCACGCUGUGCACUGCGAUAGUCGGCUAAAAGGUCUUGGCGGUAAUAGUUUUAACUUUACGAUGGGGAUUUCGGGGCUACUACCGUUUAUCAAGGAUGCCACGGAGGCCAUCAGUGUGAGAAAGUACAAAGGCCAGACUGUGGCAGUGGACACAUACUGCUGGCUCCAUAAGGGGGCUUUCUCCUGCUCUGAUAAGCUGGCUAAGGGGGAACCUACUGACCGAUAUGUGACCUAUUGUAUGAAAUACGUUGAUAUGUUGCUGACCUUCGGAGUGAAGCCUAUUUUGGUGUUCGAUGGCUGCAAUCUGCCUUCAAAGGAGCAAGUGGAAAAGACGCGCCGGGAGCAUCGACAAGCCAACCUGCAGAAAGGAAAGCAGUUGCUGCGGGAGGGACGUUUGACAGAGGCAGCAGAAUGUUUCACCCGCUGCAUCACCGUCACUCACGACAUGGCCCGUAAUGUCAUCAAGGCUGCCAGGGCCAGGGAUGUGGACUGUGUGGUGGCGCCCUAUGAGGCAGAUGCUCAGCUGGCCUUCCUGAACAAGACUGGAAUCGCUCAAGCUGUCAUCACAGAAGACUCGGACUUGCUGGCUUUUGGUUGUAAAAAUGUAAUUGUGAAGAUGGACAAGAACGGAAAUGGGGUGGAGAUCGACCAGAAGAAUCUGGGUCGGUGCCCAUCUCUAGGGGACAUGUUCACAGAGGAGAAGUUCCGCUACAUGUGUAUCCUCUCAGGCUGUGACUAUCUGCCCUCAAUCUAUGGGAUUGGUCUGGGCAAGGCUUGCAAGCUGAUCAAGAUGGCCAGAAACCCUGACAUCUUGAAGGUGAUCAGGAAGAUGGGCCAGUACCUGAAGAUGGACAUCAGCGUGCCUGAUGAGUAUGUUGAGGGUUUUGUCAAGGCCAAUAACACCUUUCUCUACCAGCUAGUCUUUGACCCCCGCAGCCAGAAGGUGAUGCCUCUCAACCCAUACCCAGACAACAUGGACCCUGCUUCCCUGAGCUACGCUGGGCGCAACAUGGGAGAUGAGAAGGGUCUACAGCUGGCUCUGGGAAACCUGGAUCUUUUCACCAUGGAGGUUAUUGAUGACUUCAACCCCAACACAAUGCAGACGGUCAAGCCCCGCAGCCACGGCUGGGAGGCCUGCAAGGCGAGGAGCCCCAGCAUCUGGAGCAAAGGCUACACCCCCAAGAGUCCCCUGAUCUCUCAGACCCUUGUCCUCAACCCAUCAGAGAAGUCGUCCACUAAGGGGAGGCCUCCAGCCAAGGAGCUGCAGGCCAAGAGACCCAGAAUGGAGUCAGCCAUUUCUGAGGACGACUUGCUGCAACAGUAUUCCUGCCCCAGUCCGAAGGUUCUGAGACGGGCUGAAGCCCAGGGCCAGCCCACUGUGGGCACCUCCCAGCCAAGUCUCCACCGUAAUCGCUUUUCCACACUGCUGCAGAGGAGAAAUCAGGAGGACGAUUUUGGGGAUGAGGGAACCUGCAGCAGGUUCUUCGGCUCCAGCAGUUCCACAGACAUCACACAUCCUGCUAACGGGCCUCUGGUAAUUUCUCAGUGCACCCACGAUGGCCAGAACGAAGGCCCGAGGAUGACCUGUGAAGAGUCCCAGAUGACAGGAGCUGAAGAGGGCUCACCGGACCUGCUUAGCUCCACACCCCCUAAGAAGGGUCAUUCUGGGGCAGUUGUAUUCAACCAGAUCAGGCUUUCCUCGCAUAAACCCCAGGAGGUGUCACACAAGUCGCGCUUUUCACCACUUCAGAAGUUCCAGCACAGUAAAGAGAAUUUAUCUUGGGCUUCCCAGCCACAGAGAGCUCCCACAUUGCUUCCUCAGCAAUUAAAGCAGGAUGGUGAGAAGGCCACAGACUCUCAUCUCACCUUCAGCAGCACUUAUUUCUCCCAGUCGAGUUGGCUCGGCGUCGAAAGAAAGCAGAGCCCCAUGCAGGACCUCAACACAAGUGAAGACUCCAGCGACAGCGAUGAGAAAAAACCCUUAGCCAAUGGAGCAAAGGUGUCGGGGCUGUCACGGGUCAGGAACACCAACAUGGGAUUUGCAGCGAAGAUAUGCCCCUUGGCACCUGCCCGGGUCAGUGGCCUACGCAAGAGGCCAGAUCCCAAAAGUAGCGGCAACAAGAAUGUGGUGGAACUUCAGCCUACCAUUAGCAGCUUAUGGAAGAACUUCAGCUACAAAAAGUGCCCCACUGGUGUUACACAGUGCAUCUGUCUUUGUGCACUGCAGAAAUAUUUCCAAGUGCAAUACACGGGGAGCCCUGUCUCCAGUGAGGAACAGCAUGGCAGUGCUCCCUCCAGAAUCCAUCUAGUACUCAACGAAGGAACCUCAAUUCAGAAGAAGGUUUUAGCAGAAACUGAUGUUGCCUUGCCAGGUAUUCAGUGGGAGAUCCAUUGUCAAUACACAUACCAUGUAUGUCUUUGUUGUGCUUUUAUUUUGAAUAAAUUGUCUGUUAAAGUUUGUGUUUUUAUCUGAGGCCCAAGUAGUAAUCGUGUCCAAAGAAAUCUCCCAUAGUUAUCUGCUCCUGAAUUUCUCCUGCUUCUCAAUCUCUGGCAUUAUGUCCUGCUGGCACUGAGCCUCUAUGUCGUCUUCAUGAUAAAUGACGGUCAACGGUGGCAAGUGGGGGUUCAUUCCAAUAGUAAAAGUUUUCCUUGUGGAAACAGUACUGCAAGUGCAACAGGUAAAGCGCGUUGACCAAAUCACUUUGGUCACUCAUACCCUGAUACACUUGGUUUCACCCUGAGCUCAAUUCAAGAUAGUGUAAUUAUGCUAUUCAGUGUACUGUAUCAGUGGUUCUGAAACAUUUUAGACCAAAUACCACUUUAAAUAAAACCACGAACACUCACUGUAAGAAAUGACCAUGGGCUUUUCAUGUAGUGUUCCUUGGCGUGAACCCUUUGAAGCCACAAGUGUCUGUGCAAGAGUACUUUAGGGUGUACAUAUCUGGAGUGUGAUAUGCUGCUUCUUCAACUGGGGGAAAAACAGGUGUUUUCUUGCUCAAAUACAUGGAUUUUUUUGCAUCUUUUUACCACUUGUUGCAGGCUGAUAACACCUCCUGAAGAAUCCAAAUGUUGCCAAUUUAAUAAUGUUGCUACAGAAAGUUUGACUGGUGCUUUUCAAAGGAACAUUGAGCAGAACCGGUUUUGAGCUGGAAUGAUGUUGUGUGGCAAUCUGCGGGACGUACUGGAGCACCCUUUUGUCCAGAAUGGUGCAC